AUGUAUUUCAGUACAUAUCACCUAGACGUAUUGAUCGUUCUCGCCGUCAACAGCACUCUCGGUAUCCUCAACUCUGCCGUACAGGCCCCCUCUGUGAAGCGCGUCUCCUACUUCUCUGCCACUGCCGUCUACGUGACCACCUCCGUCAAGCCCAACGUCUGGGACGAUUCUGGCUGGAACUGGAACAAGACCCUCGCUGGGCAGAGCACGUGGACCUUCCACCGCGAGCAGAAGGAGAAGAGCUCAAUCGAAUGUGAUUUCGUCUCCCUCUGCCCGCCUUGGGUGUUGGAGCCUGCCCUCCACGAGUUUGACGGCAAAGCCAACCACCUGGACCAUUGGAAUUCGUUCCUGUACAACGCUAUUAUCAAAGGCGAUUUCUGCCCCUCCGACGAAUCUUAUGUGGAUGGGCAAGACCUCACCAAGGCAAUCCUACUCGCCAUCACCAAGCCCGCCGCGGCCGGGCAGAGGUUCAUCCUUGCAGCCGGCCAAUUCAGAUGA